CUCACUGUACUAUCCAUUCACUCUUCAGUUGAAGCUUUAUGUUUCAUAGAAGAAGAAAAAACGCUGCUGCUGCUUCCGAAGAGGAGAGAUGAGAAAGCUAUAGUGGCUGGCUCUUCCUGUGUUAUCGCUUGAAUGGAGACAAACCAAAUUUCUGCACUUUGUUUAUCAAUUAAGGUGAAAAGUUGGUGUUCGGAAGCGAGGAAAACUGCUCUGUAAACAUCGGGAAACUAGUUUGCACCUUCGGUUACAUAAAAUUUACGCUAGUGGUGCUGAAUCAGAAAAUUGGGAAUAUCCCACAGUGGCGGAGGCUUACUGGAGAAAAGAAAAGAACGAAAAAAAAGUUAGAACUUGCAGUGAAAUUCUAUUUAUAGAUGAGUCAAAACUUGGAGGAUAGUCCAGUGUCGGACAGCAAAAUGGACAUAUCGGAAACUACCACAUCUCAGGACUCUCCUGAUCAUUGCUAUUCACCGGACGUGGAGGAAUGUGGCAUCGGAUACCCCAGCAUUAGACGCGUCGACGGCCAUACAAGUAGCAAUGACAUCAUUUACGCUGCGGAAAGCAUUGCGGCGCCUUCUAAUGCAAAUCACUCGAAAGAAGAAUAUCUCGACAAUCAUAGCAGUGGUGGUCCUCCAACAUUGAACGUAAAGGCAGCAACAGCAGCGAAUCGGGGACCCAACAGUGGCCUAACGCCCGUCAGUAGUCAUCCGUUGAUGUUGAUGUCGCCAACGGGCAGCGAGUCGGAUUCGUCCGAGCUGGCAAAUCUAGCAAGCAAGAACCACGACAAGGUUCGCAACUAUUACCACUUUCCGGACGUGGUACCGGCGAGCGAGAAACCGCCGCUGCGGCUAGCUAAUCCUUAUCCAAAUCGUACCACAACGACGACGACGACCAGAACUACGACUUCGUCUACCACCAGAACCACUACGUCGACCCUGGAUGUGAUAAACAACAUAGAUAAUGCAAAUAACGUUAAGAAAACGGGUCUGUUGAGAGAUGCUAGCCCGGACUUCCUCAGCAGCGGUUCCGAGCAGGAUUUGUCACAGUUUCAGGCUUCGGUGACGCCUACCUUCCAAUCUGUAGCCCUAGUGCAGUCCCAGUCGGGCUCCCAGCUGCAACAGCAACAGGAGCAGCAAUCCUUCGAACACAAGUCCAUCUCGCCGAGGUUGCACGAGCGACGAAAUGUCCCUUUGUCCACCGACCUUUUGGUGGACGACAUUAGUUCACUCGAGGAAACGGUCUCGAAUCAUAGCGUGGACGACCUGCAGCAGAAUCUGGUCUCGUUGAGCCCGUCCUCGUCCAUACUGGACGAUAACGGGUUCAACGUGGACAUCGACGAGGACUUUUUGGACGUGCCGGGAACGCCCAAAAACGGUGCGGGUAGCGGAAGUGCGCCCCAACUGCCGCAGUAUUCGGCACGUGACGAAGCACGUGAUAUAAGAAACUGGCAGAAAAUUACCCUUCCGGACGGGAAGACGCGCGAAAUCGACAUGAAGGUGAUUGAGCCGUACAAGCGGGUGCUGUCCCACGGAGGGUACUUGCAGGCUGGUGGCCACAACGCCAUCGUAGUGUUCAGCGCGUGUCACCUGCCCGAUCGGUCGCGGGCCGACUAUCACUAUGUGAUGAACAACCUGUUUUUGUACGUAGUUAAAACCUUAGAACAGUUGGUUACUGAAGACUACGUUCUGGUCUACUUGCACGGUGGAUCCAGCCGGAACAACGUGCCACCAUUUCCGUGGCUUAAAAAAUGCUAUCAGCUACUUGAUAGAAGACUCCGGAAGAGUUUAAAGAAUCUCUACAUGGUGCAUCCUACUUUUUGGCUGAAAUCUGUCGUCUGGAUGGCGCGUCCAUUUAUCAGCUCAAAGUUCUGGCGCAAGCUGGUCUACGUGAAAACGCUCGAGGAGCUCUACCAGCUGGUGCCGGUCGAGCGGGCGGCCGUUCCGGACAAGGUUAAAAACUACGACUGUCGUCACUCCUAACUUGGAUCCCCCCGUCAGCCCCAACCGUCGCGGCACGCUGAAACAAUCGAUCUCAUCGGGGGUGGCUUCCGGCUUUGCGCAGGACGCCGUCGCACCGUCAGUACCCGUUUCAGUUGACAUCCGUCAUAGUCGUCGAAGUUCAUUGGACCGCCACGCAAGACAUUCAUCAAGCAUCAUACGCAUAUUUCAGACCACAUUUCGGAGUAACUUAACUAUACAUCAUAUCGACCUAGUCAAAAUGAGAUGAAACCGCAUAUAUUUGUGUGUAUGAUAGCUGUUGGCAAUAUUCACAAGGGAAGAGCAGGUAAGGGAACGAAGAAAAUGAAAAGCAAUGAUUUCAUCGAGAGGCACUUGUUAAAAAAAUAGAUAAGAAUAUGUGAAUGUUUUACAAUUGUCCAGUUCAGUUAAUUCAAAUGUGAUCUUGUAACCAGUAUCCGUGUUCUACGGCAAACAAUGUGACCGUAAAGUGACGAAUGAAACAGUGUAUCCGACUUAAAAUCAUAUUUUUCAUAUCAUUUCAAUUGUACACCCCUUGUUGAAAACAACACUUUUCACGCAGUUGAGAACAGCCCUGAGUUUGACAGACAAGAGCGUCUUCACCUUAGAGGGCAAAAGACGUGUCGAAGCGUUGUGGCAUUUAUCACCUGGGGGAGAUAUGCCCUAGCGCAUAGUCUGAAUCUAAAUGAUUUCAUUAUUCUCAAAUAUUAUAUUUAAAUAUAAUUUGUCACGUUACAUAAAACGCAUUAAAAUAGACAAUUUUAUAAAUAUUUUACUGGAAAGAGUUGUAAGGUUAAGAUAUUCCUGCAAAAUAUUUAGAAUAAUUUGAAUCUAAAAGAAAACAUCCCAAUAAAACUAAUAGCAAUAAGACAAAACAAAUAACUUCAAGCUAUUUAUGUCAUUAGCAUUUACACACAUGCAUACGCAUUAGAGAAUCAUCCCGGCUUAAUGUAAAACUGUAGCGUUCAGAGAGAACAGAGUGUAUACAUGUAGAAGCUGCAAGACUGCUGCAUUGUUUCACGCCAUCAAUGCGUUGAAAAUUAAUGUAAGGAAAAAAAACAAAAGUGAUUACAUGUCAACGGUAUGGGUAAAUUUCCAACAAUACAUACAAUAAAAUAUUGAUCGGAGUAACGUAAGAGCAACCACCGAAUGCUGCUGAAAAUGAACACUGUGUACUUGAGUGUAAAGACCAGAUAGAAAUGUCCAACAAUCUCCGUUACAACUGAAACUGAAUGCUUUGUAGUUGAAUAUUAACAAAAAAACCGCCUAAUUUAUAUUCUCAUCGCUGAAAUAGUGAGAAACGUGCUACGGCAUUUGGUUUACAAGCACAACCACACAGCAAAAAAAAAAAACAACAUCAAGCACGUGUACUUUUUAGAUUUUCACAUUCGUUGGAGUUCUUGUCCCAAUUUGUUGUAUAAAAAACCCGCAACGUAGAGAAAAAAUAUUUAUAUAUAAAAUCUAAAGAAGAACGAAAGCCUAAGGUAGAUAAACUCGAUAGAUUCAAUAAAUAUACGCACCUACCUGACCUUAUUCCUGAACUCAAACACAAAAAAACACAAGACAUUCACCAAACAUAUUGAACAUUAUAUUCGAUGCAUUUACAUACCGGAUUGUGUGAAGAUUGAAGAAAAAACUGUACCAGCUAAACCCACAAGAGAUUAAGCGAGAGAUAAUAAAAAUCAACUAUGAUCACAUA